AUGUCUCCAGAAAACCCCAUCACCCGCCCCAGCGGCCCGGAUGGUCUGGUCCUCGAAGCCUGGGGUCAAGGUCUGAUGGUCGGAUCGCUGGUCGUGAUGGCCGCCGUGACCUUUUCCAAUAUGAAGAAACGCAUCCUCCUGCAUAAGCUGAUCUUUGCCGAAUUAAUCCUCGCCAUGCCCCACGGAACCUUCAUCUUCGCCAAACCCCCAACAUACGGCUGGUAUCUCUCUGUCAGCGCCAUCGGACUCAAUGUCUCCUGGAGCCUGCAUAACGUGAUCGCCUGGAUGAAAAACAAACCGUUUCUGUCGUCGCGCAUCUCCCGGAUCUACAUUGUCACUGUACUUCUGGCCCAGCCGUACUGGGUGUUGGAGAUUUACGCCAACUUUGCUUUCUUUAAUAAUUUGAAUCGCCUGUUUUUGAAAACUAGGCCGCUGGAGCCCCUAUUUCGAGACCCAUGGUGGAUCUUCACCACCUGCUCCCUAUUCUACACCAUCAAACGCGAAUACAACUUCAGCAUCGUGGAACUCGUCACGGUCAGUCCACGAUUCGGAAUCAUGCUCGUCGCCAUGUGUCUCUCCAUCGCUUUUAUCGUCGUGGAUACCUGCGCCGUGUUGAAUGUCUUUCAAGCGGGGUUGCCUACGGGGAUUGAGCCUUUCUGGAAGUUAUCAUUUGUCUUCAAAUGUCUAUGUGAUACGGUCAUUCUGGAUGAUUUCAAAACCGCGCUCGAUCGGAUGCGCGAAUACUGGAUCCGGAAACGAGCUCAAUCGGCUGAUAUAUUCCUUACGAAUAGGGCUCAGAGGAAUGAUCUUGAGGGCAGACAAGAGACGAAUUACUCGUCGAGGAAGGGAUCGGGCGUUCCUAGGGCUUAUUUUAGGGUGUAG